ACCUGGUGUCCCGCCACCGUUCUGACCUGGUGCUCCCCUCCAGUCCGCCUGCUGCCGCUGAGCGGAGUUCCCGGAGCGUUCCGUAUGAUCGCCAGCGGAGAAAGGCCCAAGAAGAAGGCCAUCUACGAGGACGAUGAUGUCUCCAAACUCAGCUCCUUGCGCUCCAGUAAUGCUCGGAGCGAGGACGGCUGCGCUGACCGCCGGCGCUCCUCCCGCCCGGUCUGGGAGGAGGAGCAGGAGGGGGAGGAGGAGUUCCUGGACGAGGACUACUACGACUACUGCCCGGAGCAGGAGUCGGUCCUCUACUCGGACCGCGGGGAGCCGAUCCCCGACCUGGAGCCCACCGCCGGAGGUCGCACGGAGUACCGGGAGAGUGUCGAACCCGGGCAGGAGGAGUUCGGCACUCCCGAGCCCGAGUUCAGCCCAGAGCCUCCGUAUGAGCCGGAGCCGGAGCCAGAGCCGGAACCGGAGCCGGAGCCAGAGCCUGAGCCAGAACUUGAGCCAGUGGUGGACCCUGAGCCUGAGCCAGAGGUGGAACCCGAGCCAGAGGCAGAGGUGGAACCCGAGCCAGAGCCAGAGCCAGAGCCUGACCCAACAGUAGAACCUGAGCCAGACCCGGAACCAGAGGUGGAACCUGAGCCAGCAGAGGAGCCGGAGCCAGAGCCUGAGCUACAGGUGGAACCUGAGCCAGAGCCUGAGCCACAGGUGGAACCUGAGCCAAAGCCGGAGCCGGAGCCUGACGUCCUGCCGGAGCUGUCACCUGAAGACGCAGAAUGUGAACCCGGCUCCAAUCAACAGCUCGAAGAUGACGCUGGCUACGCUCCCAUGGACGAACGAACCGACGAAGCGGACGCUGCCGAUGCGACGAACGACAACAUCGAUCAGUCCCAAGAUGUCGACACUGUCAGCGACCAAUAUGGCGGCGCCCUGUGUCUGGACGAUGACGCGCGCAGUGACACCAGCGAGGGGAGCCGCGCCAAGCUCACACAGAUGAAGUCGGAGGCGGCACAGCGACUGGACGACCUAGAGAAGCUGAUUGGUGAGCACCAAGAGAUCGUCCAGGAGCUGAAACGGACCGAGAGUAGUCAGGGCAGCCUGGUCGAUCUGGUCGAUAAGCCGUCCUCGUUCGCCGCCGAGACGGACCGGGACGCCUCCUCCGAGACGGCCGCCCGCCAGCCCGCUGCCCCGGAGGAUCCCGAGGAGAGCGCACCGCAGCACGCCGCCGCCGCCGGGGACCAGGAGCCGUCACCAGACCGGGAGUGAGGUCACCAGAGCCGUCACCAGAGAGGUCACCAACAGCCGUCACCAGGCGGGGAGCGAGGCCACAGGGCGGGGAGCGGCGUCCGGUGCCGGUGGGCGAGGACGGAUAAGGACCGCUGGGCACCCGCCGUCCGGCUGGUGCCUGCAGUGACGCCGCGGUCCCCUGACAGCGACCGUGGAGGGCUCGGAUAGCCCUCGAGCGAGCUCCACUCGUGGGGAGCGCGGACUCGCGGAGUAGUCACCGGUCGGGGGCGCCGUUCAUAACUAUGUGUGUUAUCGAACUGCAGUCAAAGUUGCACUGAUAGGAAAUGUCAGGAUCAGGUCACUGUUCAGAUCAAACGAAAAGGUCAGCUUGGAACGGAAAUUCCUCGCAGAAGAGAUGGAACUGCUCGGGGAUUUUUUCCACGGGAUCAAUCGUGCUCGGCCAGUGACUCUUCGUGUACGUAGCACACUGAACUUGCAUCGGCUGAUAGUGGCUUACAUGUGCACUCAUGGAGCUAGAGCAGAAGGCUAGGCUGUAUGUAGUCGCAGCAUAGUCAUAUAGAAGUUUCCACAAUAAUGAAAAGCAGCUGUUUGCUACAAAAACUGUGUGUGUGUUACUCAAUAUGUCAUAUAAAAGUGUAGAUAUUUUUGUCAGGUCGAACGUAUUUACAAAAUAAGAGCUUCCAAAUUUCCACAAUACGCCAGCGCGCCGCUGCGGAAGGGCCUCGGGCGCAUCCUGCGCGGUAACAGACGUCCGAUUCUGCGCAGCGGUGCCGAUUCACUGAUGUGAUGAGCCUCCUCGUCGGCGCGUUCGGCGCCGACGGAAACCCGUCACGUGGCGCGUCGCACAUGUACCGGGAAACGGCGCGUCAGUUAAUUAGCUGCGUGUCUGACUCCCGGCUGCCACGAGUGUGUCUCCGCGCUGGAUGCAGCCGAGCCAACCGCGUAACGAUAAUGUGCCGGUAACGUCGACCAUGUGAGCCCAGGGCGUGAGAAGGUCCGGAACUCCAGAUCAGCUGGAGCUUCACCGGAAGUUUCCCUCGAAGUGCUAAUCUAACAACGCUCUCCAUAAUACUCUGUAUCUGAAAUGUCGGACGUACUGAACCUUAGGCAAUAACGAUUAAUCCAGUCUGCUGUGCACGUAACACAUGUGACAAAGGACAGGUAAAAUAAACGAAUUCAACGACUGAAAAAGGAACGCAUGACAUGAGAGUUGAGACGCAUGACACGAUCUAGACGGCACCGUGACGACUGACUGACGACAACGACAGGCACCCAAUCGGCAGCCAUUCUACACCCACAGACGUAGGUUGUCACUCAUAUCAUACACGUUCAUUUGCGGCCACAUCCGCGCCGGCGGAUGCGUUGGCUCUGGAGUGUUUGGACUGUUGUUUGACGCACGGCUCGGUGUGGGGACCUGCGCGGCGCCCGUGAGGUGACCACUGCGGCUGCCGCAGGGCGGUUCUCCGCUCCAUGUGUGUCGGAUGUUAACAAUACACGGCGAAACGGUACGCC